AUGCAGGAUCCUGAAACGCCUCCGUGUCAGCUCAAGGACGCUCUGGCGGUUCGUGAAUGGGCGAGGACCGUCUUCCCUGCCGAAUUUGAAGCCCUACCCGACCCGGACGAUCUCGAGACAUAUAUUCUGGAGAAGGCUGAGACAUCCACGAUCUUAAAAGCUAUCGCAUUCACGAGCUUCGACCCAUCUUGCAGGGCCGCCGAGUGGCUCUGGCCUGGCACUGGAGAGAUCACUGUACUUGCGUUCAUUCAAGAGUCUUCUCUGAUGGCCAGUCCAAUCCGUGGUGAGCAAAUUGGCGGCGAGUUUAAUUUGCUCACAUGGCUCAAAGACUAUGGGCCAACGUUCUUGGACGCGUUCGCUUCGUGUUCACUGGAUGACCGUCAAUGCCCCACCCCUGUCGAGAUCGCGCUUGAGAUAGAGGCGACCAUCAGAUACUACCUUGCGGCGAAAGGUGUGAUACAGGCUCUAGAAUGUGACGGUCAGAUGUUCAAGUGGAAUUUUGCACGCGCAUGUCAGCGCCAGCAUCAGAAGCUGUUGGAAGAGGGCGAUACCCCGGAAGAAGCUCCUGGCUCUUCCGGACAACGUAUCAGUGGACUUCCUGAGUCAUCGGAGACGUCCCAAGAUCUCAGCGGCGCUCACGAGCGAUCCGGCGAGGAAGGAAACGCAAACAACAACAACGAUACAACAAGCCGUGCCUUGAAUGAGAACCAGCAGCGCAGCGCCCUCAACGAUAAUACCCACAUCGCCAAUCUACAACGCGAGAUGAAGAAGCUGCGUGUGAGACAAAAGAAGACAAAGCGUCUCGAGGACAAAUUUGCUACCCUUGAAGUACGCUUGAGCGCUUCGGAAAGCAGAGAGAAGGCAAUGAGUGACCGGCUUGAUGCCAUUACUCAGGAGCGGGAUGACGUGGAACAGCAGCACCAGACUCUUUGGAAUGAAUGUUUCUUCUUCAAGGCAGUCCAGUUAGAUCGCACCAACACAGCUCUCGAAGCAGUGUUAGUUCUGUUCAGGGACCUUGCUCUACUCGAAGGUCAAGCUGAAAAGCUAUCAACUGAGCACAAAGAGCUCAAGAAAGAAAACAGCGGCCUGGGAAAAAACUUGCAAACUAUGCUUGAGUUUGCUAUGAAGUCAAAAAAUGCCACAGUUCUGCAUAGGGUCGCGAAUGAGUCAGCUAUGGCUCACAUCAAGAAGCUAGAGGAGAAGGUCGAAGAGCUGGAGACACAGAUGAGAAAGCAAGAGACUUUGGUCAAGCAGGAAGAGUUCGAGAAACGCCGCAGCGCUAUGGACUCCGUUCAGUGA